AUGCCUGCUCUUUGCGGAGGAUCUAAAACUGUUCAGCGAAAGCUGGUUCUCCUGGGUGAUGGUGCUUGCGGAAAGACUUCGUUGCUGAAUGUCUUUACGAGAGGCUAUUUCCCGACCGUCUACGAACCUACCGUUUUCGAGAAUUACGUUCAUGAUAUUUUUGUCGAUAAUGUCCAUAUCGAACUCUCCCUCUGGGACACAGCCGGUCAAGAGGAAUUCGACAGAUUACGAUCCCUAUCCUACGACGACACAGAUCUCAUCAUGCUCUGCUACUCGGUCGACAGCAAAGACUCGCUCGAAAACGUCGAAUCCAAGUGGGUAGGCGAAAUCGCCGACAACUGCCCCGGCACCAAACUCGUCCUCGUAGCACUAAAGUGCGAUCUCCGCGAACAAGGCGAAGAAGACGAAAACGCCGCCCCCGACGCUGCUGCUGCUGCUCCCCGCGAGAAGAAGCCCAUGAUCACUUAUGAUCAGGGUCUCGAGGUGGCGCGUCGCAUAGGUGCGCUGCGAUACCUCGAGUGCUCCGCCAUGAAGAACAGGGGCGUCAACGAGGCUUUCACCGAAGCUGCGCGCGUGGCUCUCAGCGUCAAGAAGGAUCGCGAGGAGAGCAAGUGCGUCAUCAUGUAA